GACCCUUGACGGUGUUUCUGGUAAAAUCCGGCUUCUGAGCUCCGAUAUUUCACAUUUUCCGUAUUUUUUAUAUUUUGUGGGGAGUGAAGACUUGGGAAGAUGCUGGCAGCGAGGAGAGCUAUAUUUUCGGCGGCUUUACGCACUAAAGAAAAUGUUGUGAGGUCGAAACACACUCUCCCAGACCUCCCCUAUGACUACAAAGCCCUCGAGCCCAUAAUCUGCGCCGAGAUCAUGCAACUCCAUCAUUCCAAGCACCACGCAACCUACGUGAACAAUCUCAACGUCGCCGAGGAGAAGUUGAAGGAGGCUGUGGUCAAGGGAGACGUCGGCACCCAGAUUGCCCUGGCCCCUGCUAUCAAAUUCAAUGGGGGUGGACAUCUCAAUCACUCUAUCUUCUGGUGCAAUCUCUCACCUCAGUCCAGCAAACCUGAUCCUGCACUCCUGAAAAAAAUAGAGCAAGACUUCACGAGCUUCGAGGAGUUCAAGAAACGCCUGUCCGAAGCAACAGUUGCAAUCCAGGGCUCAGGCUGGGGCUGGCUGGGCUACAACCCCAAGGACAAAAAACUCCAAAUCGCCACCUGUGCCAAUCAGGAUCCCCUUCAGGCGACAACUGGCCUCGUUCCCCUCUUUGGCAUCGACGUUUGGGAGCACGCCUACUAUCUCCAGUACAAAAAUGUUCGCCCUGACUACGUCAAAGCAAUCUUCGAUAUCGCUAAUUGGGAGGACGUUAGCGAGAGAUUCAAGAAAGCAGCUGGAUGCUGAAUUCCACUGACGACUCCAGAGAAUCAUCAAUAAUUAUUCGUUAGGUUCACAGUGCAUUUGGAUAGAUUCCAGUCACUAUAAACUUUUAUAAAACAGUGAAGUCGUUCCCUGAUUGAUGUAAAAGGGAGACGAAGAUUUUUUUGUAAGAAGAACAAAUUUCUCUUUCAAUUUUUUGUUUUUAUAGUACUAUUGUUGGACUGUAUCGAUAUUGUUCGUAUUGAUAAAUGCAUAAUCAUGAA